CGCAGCCUUUUGUCCGCCGCUCCCCCCGCCGGUAUAUUUACGGGGUGCGGCGGCCCGGGGCGGGCUGGGGCGGCGGAUGGCGGGGGCGGGCCGGGGGCCGGCGGGCAGGCGGUGGCGGUAACGGGUGGGCGCCAAGCCGGGCCCUGCUCCAUGUUCGCCAUGGACUACUCCUACCUCAACUCCUACGAUUCCUGCGUGGCCGCCAUGGAAGCGUCCGCCUACGAGUUCAGUCCCUGCAGCCAGGCCGGCUCCUUCCAGUACAGCCCCAUGCGGGGGGGGUUCGGUCCCGGACCCGCCUGCCCCCCCCUCGCCUCCGCCAACUGCGCCCUGGGCGCCCUGCGCGACCACCAGCCCUCGCCCUACUCGGCAGUUCCCUACAAAUUCUUCUCGGACCCGUCGGGGAUCAACGAGAAGCGGAAGCAGCGGCGGAUCCGGACGACGUUCACCAGCUCCCAGCUGAAGGAGCUGGAGAGGGUCUUCGCCGAGACCCACUACCCCGACAUCUACACCCGCGAGGAGCUGGCGCUCAAGAUCGACCUCACCGAAGCCCGGGUGCAGGUUUGGUUCCAGAACCGCCGAGCCAAAUUCCGCAAGCAGGAGCGAGCGGCCAAUGCCAAGGGUGCCGGCGGUACCGCCAGCACCACCAGCAAGAAGCCGGAGCCGCGCUCUUCCUCGGAAGACGACGAGUCCAAGGAGUCCAACUGCAGCCCGACGCCGGACAGCACGGCAUCCCUGCCCGCCGCCGGCAGCCUCGGCAGCCCCGGCAGCAGCCUGAGCCCCAGCCCCGGUGCGGGGCCACCCAUGGGACCCGGCCACCCUCCCCAGCCCCUCAAGGCACCCAUCUGGCCCGGCGUCAGCACCAGCAGCGGUGCCACCAACGCCGCCGACCUGCUGAAGGCCUGGCAGCCCGCCGAAGCCGUGCCGGGACCUUUCUCCGGCGUCCUCUCCUCCUUCCAUCGGAAGCCCAACGCCCUCAAGACAAACCUCUUCUGAUGUGUCAGUCGACAGACCCGGCUGCCCCAAACCCCCCCCGGCCUCCCCACCGCUGUCCCACGCCCCGCCGGCCGCCGUGCCAACGCUCCCACCGCAGACCCAGCGAUGAUGCUCCGGCAAACAGCUGCUGGCGGGGAGAUGGACCAGUGAGGCUGCCACUGCUGCCGGGCCACCUGCAUCCAAGGCUGCUCCCCUGGGGGGGGCCACAGGACCCCCAUCUUCUCCCAUACCCCAUGGUGAUGGGACAAACCCAGAGUGGUGCAAGAUCACGGGGGUGCAAAGCGGGGGGGCAGUAGCCCCCAGCCCGGCCGGCAUGCCCUGGGCAUAGCCAUCGCUCCAGCAUGCUUUUAGGGGGGUUCCCAGUGUACCCCAGGGGUGAGGGCAGCCAUGGGGCUCCAGCAUCACAACAGCCUCCCCUAGGAGGCCCCCACCAUGGGCCACGCUGCUGGGCUGGGCGCAGGAAGCACUUUAGGGUUGGGGUUUCUGGGGGCUGUGGGGUGAGCAGUGCUGGGGAAUUUGGCAACAACGGGUUCCUCGGCACAGGGAGGAGGUGAUGCCCCCCAAAUCCUGCCUGUGGACAUGGAUUUCCCACCCCCUCCCACCCCCAGCAAAACCGCAGCCUUGCAGGACUAGAGGGGAGGAGAUCCUCACGCCCAGCAAUGGGAUUCGGGGGGACAAAGACAGAACCGGGGCUUUGUGAUCGCCGGCAAUGCCGCGGAUGCUGCCAACAAGGACGUGGCGCUGGGAACUGUCACCAUCCUGCUGUGCCGGGGCUGAGCUGCCCCAGUGAUGCCGCAGCUCAGGGAGGAUGACUGCAGCGUGGGGUGGACCCCCCCUGGAGCAAAUGGAACCACUCUGAGGAGCUGCGAUCCCUCUCUGGCCGUCACCGCUGUGCCGGGAGCGGGACGGGUGCUCCCACCGGGGCUGGUGCCGCAGCAGCCGGGACCACCCAGCACAUCGGCGCUCUGUGGUGACCUUAUGGAGGGUCCUGGGGUGCAGCUCGGCCACCUUGCACCCACAACACCAGCGCUGCACGUGCCAGGGCUCCACAGCGCAGCGAGCGUCCGCAAGGUCGUGCCGGCAUCCCUGUCCAUGUGUCUGUGCAUCGGUCGGCCCCCCCGUCCCCAUUCCCAUCCCCUCCCUGCUGAGGGCCCCCCCCUUGCCCCGUCUUGACUGAGGUGGGUUUGGGUUUCACCAUUAUUUUGUUCUUUCUUUUUUUUUUUAAACCAUUCUGUAAUUUAUUGACCCCGUUUGCAAAUGACACUAAUCCAAAUAAAACUUAAUUUAUUGAAGACACUGCCAGCCCCCUACCAUCACUGCAGCCCCGCCCCCCGCCAGGCUGCAGAUGGUGGGGGUCUACACCACCACCCCCCUCACUCCCCUGAGCCUC